GACACGUGCGGGGGGGAAAAACGGGGCAACUCACAAAUGUAGGGGAAAGCAUAAAAAAAAAAAAAAAAGGGAAGAAGUAGCAACAUUUGGGGGGAAAUACAUUGCUUCUCCUUUUUCAAACAAUGGGGAUUCCUUUUGAAGAGGCGCGCUGGUAGCUUUGCAUGAGGUUUUCCAUUCCGAAUGAUCGCCGCUUCUUUCCUCAACUGGGGAUUCGCGCGUGCGAAAUAAGCGUACCAUUUCCGCUUAAGCAUGAGCAGGACAAAACGGGAGAAAAACCCUCGACCAUUUUAUUUUCUUUCUUUUUGAUGAAUGCAGGGUUACCUUUGCGUGUACAUGUUUGCCGCACAUGCGAUAGUCCCGGUGAAACACACUUCCCCCAAAAAGGUUAAAAAAAAAAAAAAUAUUUUUUUUGGGGAGUAGCGGAGUAACGCCUAUAUUGGUAUGCAAAAUUAGGACAAGUGGGGGCCCAACCCGGGGGGAAAGGCCAGCGAUAUGGCCAAGUGCUGCAGAUGUAAAUGCACAUACAUAUAUAUAUAUACUAACGUGUGAACACACACCUGUCUGCUGCUGCUAAUCGGCUGAUCGGCUAACUGGCUGAUUGCCUGCCUGCCUGCCCCCCUCACCUCAUCGGCCAACGGCAGAGCCAAAAUGGCGGCGCCGGAGCAGUACUACGAACCAGUCGUGAAAAAGGAAAACAAAAUCGAGUACGUUGAUAAUUUGUACCUUUCCAAGAACGUGUUGAAUAACAGGGAAAAUGCACUGAACUAUUUUUACACGUCUCCAUUUUACACCAGUAGAAGCCACCACUCGUUAAAUGAAAAAAUACGAGUGGGGAGAAUGCUCAGUGAUGACGAAGAGGGAUACCUAUUUGACAUUACCUACGACAAUUUAAAUGUUUUAAAACAAAAUGAGCCGCAUGAUUUGGUUAGCAUGCAUAUUUAUUACAAUACAAAUUCCAUUUUUCAUAUUUCCUUAACACAUAAAUAUAAAGUGAAGAAUAUCAUCUGCAAAAAGGUUAUUCAGAUGUUUUGCAUUUUGAAUGGCAAGAUUUACAGCUCGAGAUCCUUUGGGGAAUUACUAAACAAUAAAAUUGCCAGCAUUGUGUGUAAUGUGGAAAAGUUUUACGACUGUGUUAAUAAGAUGAUGACCUUUAACGUUACGUCUAACUACAAUUUCGAGGGCAGGGCGGAUGAGCAGGUGGACACCCCCUACAUGAAUUACCGCCUCGAGGAUGUGUACAUUUCCACCAAGAAGAAAAAAAGAGGCUAG